CAGUGAUGAUCAUGUCUGUAUGAUGCUUCCUCGCUACAGGGUGGUGUGUCCGAUGAAGUGACUCUCAGUGCUUACAUCACUGCUGCCUUCUUGGAGAUGAAUGUGUCUGCUCCAGUGGUGAAGAAGAGCCUGUCUUGCCUCAAAGAGUCCAUCAGUGACCUCAGCAACACCUACACCACAGCUCUGAUGGCGUACGUCUUUACCCUGGCAGGAGACAUGGAGACCCGUGCUCAUCUUCUGCAGCACCUAGACACAGUUUCAAUAAGCCAAGGAGGUUUGCUUCACUGGUCUCAGACAGCAACAGAAACAUCAGCCUUUCUGUCUGUGGAGAUCAGCUCCUAUGUGAUGUUGGCCAAACUCAGUGCCUCUCCUACUACUGAAGACCUGGGCUACGCAACCCGCAUCGUCAGAUGGCUCACAGGACAGCAGAACUAUUAUGGAGGCUUCUCCUCCACACAGGAUACAGUGGUGGCUCUUCAGGCUCUGGCUCUCUACUCCACUCUGGUGUUCAGUCCGAAGGGUUCCAGCACAGUGACAGUCCAGUCUCCUAGUAGCCAGCUGACAUUUGAUGUAAAUCAGAACAACAAACUGCUCUACCAGGAGGAGCUGCUGAAGGAUGUGACAGGAAAACACAGCCUGGAGGUGAAGGGUACCGCAUGUGCUUCAGUGCAGAUUUCUCUUCACUAUAACAUCCCAACUCCGACUGAGGUCACAAGCUUCAGUGUGAAGGUCAAACCAGAGGCCAACUGCACUAACACAUCUCACAGACCCAAACUCUCUCUGAAGAUGCAGUCCGUAUAUAGUGGGAAGGAGACCAGCACAAACAUGGUGAUCCUGGACAUCAAAAUGCUCUCUGGAUUUGUCCCAGACCCAGAGUCUUUAAAGAGGCUCAAAGGUGACCUGCUGGUGGAUCGCGUUGAACAAAAGGAAGAUCAUGUCCUCGUGUACCUACGGGAGUUACCAAAGGACAUACCCAUCAACCACAGCUUAGAGCUCAUACAGGAGCUCCCAGUGCAGAACCUGAAGCCAGCCGUGGUCAAGAUCUAUGACUACUACCAGACAAGUGACCAGGCUGAGACAGAAUACAGUUUCCCUUGUGUUGCAGCUUGAAGAGCGAUGAGUGUUCUGUCCUUACGUCGUUACUGAUUCCAGUAUAUUUUAAAAUGAUUUUUAAUAAAGACACUUGUAUGUAA